AUAAACGCAUAUGAUCCAGAAAAUUGGGUCAUGAUAAAUGCAGAGACGGGGGUUGUUACAGCUUUACAUGAAAUGGACCGCGAGUCUCCUUAUGUAAAUGGAAGUAUUUACAGAGUUAUUGUUCAUGCAAUUGAUGAUGCAAAGCCCCCUCAAACAGGCACUGCUACGCUGAAUAUUCUGCUGCUCGAUAUCAACGACAACAAUCCCUAUUUGGCUUCUACAUAUGAACAAAUGUGUGAAGAUGGGAAUAUUCAGCAUAUCAGCCUUGAAGCAAAAGAUGAUGACUUGGUUCCAAAUGGAGGGCCAUUUAUGUUUGCACUUCUGGAUAAUGAACCGAACAUCAAGGACAAUUGGGAACUUCAUCCAACGAUCGGUUAUUCUGUUAACCUUGUAAGAAAAAAGAAGAUUCCCAUUGGAAACUACAGCAUACCGCUAACCAUUCAGGACAGACGGGGUUUGGUCCAGAUGAACAGACUUCAUGUAUGGGUCUGUCCCUGUGUUGAUGGGAGGAUGUGUCCAGUUCAAGCACCACCAUCUGCUGCUUUAGGUGCAGUUGCUAUUGGGCUUCUCUUCGGAGCUUUACUGCUUCUGUUACUGGGCCUUUGCCUGAGUAUUUUAAUAGAAAAUAGAAAGUUUCUUCCCUUACCUGCUCAGUAUACCACUGGGGCAGUCGCAAACUAUGAUCAAGAGGGACCUUAUAUGGACCUUAAAGAUCUUCAAAAUAAGCUGCCGAUGUUUGAAAAAUCAAUGUUUGAUGAAAAUGAUUACAAAAAAAAUAAAGCAAAAACACGUGCAGGCCUUUCAUGUGCACCACCAGUCUCAACUAUGCGCAAGAGCAGGGCAGGAGGAGAAGUCUUGAACAGAGAUACGACAGAGGAGCUGCUGUUAACUGUGAAUGGAACGUGGAGACAUAUCGACGUGGAUAAUUCAAGAGUUGGGGCCGUCAGGCACAAUUUAGAUAAUUUUACAAUUCUAAUGGAUGUUGUAGGAAGUUACUUGAACCAGAAGCUGGAUGUAUACAAUGGCAUGGACACUGUUACUGAAUGUGAUCAGGUGACUGUUUAUAAGCACGAAGGUGAAAAAAGCAGAAGAGGAUCUUUGGAUUCACUUACGAUUGUUGGAAGUGACAGUGGAUACAGUUUUCUAGAUAAUUUGGAGACAGAUUUCACUCCACUGGCAAGGAUUUGUCAACAAAAAGGUCAAAACUAACUCGUGGUUGAACUUCACCGAAAAUUAAAAUGUUCUCUAAAUUAGCAAAGGUCCUUGCGUAACUGUUUUAAGAAAUUCAAUUACAUCUUUUAUUUUUGUGUAUCUUUGGAAAAUAAAUCUGUUCUAUCAGGAUUAUUCCUGUCAAGAAACCAUGCUAUUGUUAUAUUGUAUCUUUCUGAUUGUACAAUAAAA